AUGGACGAGGACCAGUGCUACUACAAUGAGACUAUCGCCUUCUUUUACAACCGCAGCGGCAAAGACCUGGCCUCAGAUUGGAACACUGUGAGCAGCCUGGUCAUGGGCUUGGGCAUCACCGUGUGCAUCUUCAUCAUGCUCGCCAACCUCCUCGUCAUGAUCGCCAUCUACGUCAACCGCCGUUUCCACUUCCCCAUAUACUACUUGAUGGCCAACCUGGCAGCUGCCGAUUUCUUUGCGGGCUUGGCGUAUUUCUACUUGAUGUUCAACACGGGACCAAACACGAAGCGGCUAACGGUUUCGACGUGGCUGCUGAGGCAGGGGUUGAUCGAUACUAGCUUGACCGCGUCCGUGGCUAACCUCCUCGCCAUCGCCAUCGAACGCCACAUCACUGUUUUCCGGAUGCAGCUGCACACGCGCAUGAGCAAUCGGCGAGUGGUGGUGGUUAUCGUCAUCAUUUGGACGAUGUCGAUAGUCAUGGGCGCCAUUCCGAGCGUCGGUUGGAAUUGUAUCUGCAGUCUAAGGUCGUGUUCCAAUAUGGCGCCCCUAUACAGCAACUCCUACUUGGUGUUUUGGGCGGUAUUCAACCUGGUGACGUUUGUCGUAAUGGUCACGCUCUACGCACACAUCUUUGUUUACGUCCGGCAGAGGACAAUGAGGAUGUCGAGGCACAGCUCUGGACAAAGGCGAAACAGAGAUACCAUGAUGUCUUUGCUGAAAACAGUGGCCAUCGUGCUAGGAGCCUUCAUCAUCUGCUGGACCCCCGGCCUGGUCAUCCUCCUCCUGGAUGUCUUCUGCGCCAACUGUAACGUGCUGACCUUCGAGAAGUUCUUCCUGCUGCUCGCCGAAUUCAACUCCGCCAUGAACCCCAUCAUCUACUCGUACCGCGACAAGGAGAUGAGCGCCACCUUCAGGCAGAUCUUGUGCUGCCAACGCCAAGAAAACGUCAACGGGACAGUGGCGGAGGGCUCGGACCGAUCGGCGUCCUCCAUUAACCACACGGUCCUGAGCGGAGGAGCACAUCACCACCACAACAACGAACACUCUGUGGUAUAA